CUUUGCAAUGGCAUCUCUCAGUCGGAACUCAGAUCGGGACGCCGUGGUGGACUUCGUGGAGACCCCAUUCUUCAGAGACUACAAGGACAUCAUGUACCGGAAGUCCAACAGCACGAAGAACUGGCGCCUGUUGUUGGACAUCUUUAGACCUACUGUUCUGUUGUGUAUCGGCGUGGCUCUGGUGGUGUACACAUCUCUGUAUCUCCUGCUGCAGCUCGGGCCCAGGGAACGCCGGGAGGAGAGAACUUGCGUCUACAUAUCCAACGUCAGCUGCUAUAUUUACGGGGCUCUCUUCAGCCAAGGAGGAAAGCAUCUGCCGUUCUCAGCAUCCGGGCGGUUUCUAGUGGCUUCGUGGUGGAUCUUCUCUAUCGUGAUGUCGGCGACCUACAGCGCCAAGCUGAUCGCUAACCUCGCUGUGCCCAGGGUAGACAAGCCCUUCAGUUCCACCAGGGAGCUUCUGGAGAACACAGACUACAAGUGGGGCGUGGUCGGGAAAAGUUCCACCUACUCUCUACUCUCGAUAUCCAAAGAUUCCGACAUUCAGGAACUUUGGAAGAAGAUGGUUAUCUUCAACAAGACCGACCCCUCCGUGUUCAGCCGCAGCAUAACCGACCACAUUGAGAAAGUCCUGACGGAACCGUACGCGUACGUCAUGGGCCACGACAAGCUGGGGAACGGCACGGACUGUAAGGUUACCUUCCUGAGGGAGAAGCUGUUUGAAUACAGCAAGGGGAUGGCCUUACCACAAGACUCACCCCUCAAGGAGGACUUUGAUAAAGUAAUGAUCCACUUAUCCGAGACGGGAUUUCUCAACCGCCUGGCCAAGAAGUGGAUUAUAUCCGACGGGCAAUGCCUUGUGGGAAAGUCGGCUGCUACCGUUGUGACGUUGGAGGACAUGCACAGUGCCUUCUACCUGCUGCUGGCGGGUUUCGGCGCCAGCUGCUGCAUCCUCAUCUUUGAAUGGUUGUAUCGCAUGAUGCAGUCUUACCGAUUUGAAAAACAAAAAAAGGAUUUUGCCAUAAGUAGCCAAUGUAAUCCUUUAUUAUGUUAUUGAUUGCUCAUAACUACUUGUGCCUAUGUAUGAUUCUUUAAACUAAUGUAUACACGGGAAACAGUUCUAUAUUAACAGACAUAUGUAUAGUACAGAAUACCCCUUCUGUAAUGACAUCGAUUAUCAUGCAUUGUAGAUGUACAUGAUUUCAGUUGUUGUGUUAGGUUCAUUGCUGUUAUCUGUUUUUACUGUCAACUGUCUUAUAUAAUUUUCUGUCAGCCUAUUCACGAAGCUGUCUCUGCGCUAGGAUUGUCGUAAUUGUGUCGUAGCGAAACAAAUCUUAACUGAGUCCACCAUUCUCGAUGCUGUAUUAAAAGUAGCGCUAAAAGUAGGGUAAGAUGACCGACAACGGAAUGUAUGUUGAAGAAAACGAUUCGGCAGUAGGUGUCUACUGUAUCAUUUCUAACUAUAAACCCAACAGCUUUCCACUUGCACUUUCGAAACGCGAACAACAGAUACCAGAAAACAAUCCACAAACAUCGCAUUUACCGAUUAUGACUAAUGCCUAACAGCGAGUCGAUAACAGAAACACUAGCAACAUGUUUGCACUGAUAUCGUUAUGACCGUGACCUUGUCUUGGCAAGGGGAGUUAAUUAUAUAGCGAGUGAGAGUGGUUUCCC